CUUAUUCAGGUGGUCCCCAGGAGCAUUAUGUAGAGUGAGAAAAUGCCAUGCUUGAAUGCUCUGAAAUGCACCGCUGUUUUUGCUUAAAGAAGCAAUUUUGUAAAAGAAGGAGAUGGAAAGUAGAUUUGGUCUCUGAAAAAUGAAUUUGGCUGAGAUUUGUGACAAUGCAAAGAAAGGAAGAGAAUAUGCACUUCUUGGAAAUUAUGACUCAUCAAUGGUAUAUUACCAGGGGGUGAUGCAGCAGAUUCAGAGACAUUGCCAGUCAAUCAGAGACCCAGCUGUCAAAGGCAAAUGGCAACAGGUUCGACAGGAAUUAUUGGAAGAAUAUGAACAAGUUAAAAGUAUUGUCAGCACUUUAGAAAGUUUUAAAAUCGAGAAGCCGCCAGAUUUCCCUGUGUCAUGUCCAGAUGAGCCGUUUAGAGACCCUGCUGUCUGGCCGCCUCCUGUUCCUGCAGAGCACAGAGCUCCACCUCAGAUCAGGCGCCCGAAUCGAGAAGUAAGACCUCUGAGGAAAGAAAUGGCGGGAGUGGGAGCCCGGGGACCUGUGGGCCGAGCACAUCCUAUCUCAAAGAGUGAGAAGCCUUCUUCAAGUAGGGACAAGGACUGCAGAGCGAGAGGGAGAGAUGACAAGGCAAGACUCUUUGUGAUCCCCUCACUUGAAGCCCAUGCCUUUUGGUGGAUAUUGGGAUUUUUUUGUUGGCUUUUCAAGGGAAGGAAAAAUAUGCAAGAUGGUGCAAGUGAUGGUGAAAUUCCAAAAUUUGAUGGCGCUGGAUAUGAUAAGGAUCUAGUGGAGGCCCUGGAAAGAGACAUUGUAUCCAGGAAUCCUAGUAUUCAUUGGGACGACAUAGCAGAUCUGGAGGAAGCUAAGAAGCUGCUGAGGGAAGCUGUUGUUCUUCCCAUGUGGAUGCCUGACUUCUUCAAAGGGAUUCGACGACCGUGGAAAGGUGUGCUGAUGGUUGGCCCCCCAGGCACUGGGAAGACUAUGCUCGCUAAAGCUGUUGCCACGGAGUGUGGCACAACGUUCUUCAACGUGUCCUCCUCCACGCUGACAUCUAAAUACAGAGGCGAGUCAGAGAAGUUGGUCCGUCUGUUGUUUGAAAUGGCUAGAUUUUAUGCUCCCACCACGAUCUUCAUUGAUGAAAUAGAUUCUAUCUGCAGUCGAAGAGGAACUUCUGAUGAACAUGAGGCAAGUCGCAGGGUCAAGUCGGAGCUGCUCGUUCAGAUGGACGGAGUUGGAGGAGCUUUAGAAAAUGAUGAUCCUUCCAAGAUGGUUAUGGUUUUGGCUGCUACUAAUUUCCCAUGGGACAUCGAUGAAGCCUUGCGGAGGAGAUUAGAGAAAAGGAUAUACAUACCUCUCCCAACAGCAAAAGGAAGAGCCGAGCUUCUGAAGAUCAGUCUUCGCGAGGUGGAGCUGGAUCCGGACAUUGAGCUGGACGACAUCGCCGAGAAGAUUGAGGGCUAUUCUGGUGCUGACAUAACUAACGUGUGCAGGGACGCCUCCUUAAUGGCCAUGAGGCGGCGGAUCAACGGCUUGAGUCCGGAGGAGAUCCGCGCCCUUUCCAAGGAGGAGCUGCAGAUGCCCGUGACCAGAGGAGACUUCGAGCUGGCCCUUAAGAAAAUUGCCAAGUCUGUUUCCGCUGCAGACUUGGAGAAGUAUGAGAAAUGGAUGGUUGAAUUUGGAUCCGCUUGAAUUUUUGUCAGCUCUUUGAUUUCUGGUAGUUUUAUUUAUAAAAAUGUGAAAAAAUUCCUGCAAUUUUUUUUUUUAAAAAACAGGUUCAGAAUUUUUCAUUGGAUUUUCACAUACAGGAAAAAAAAAAAAGAACAAAGAAUCCUAAAUGCAGUUGAGAAAUAAGGAAAGCUCAUGUAGAGGGCCUGACGGUCUCCUUCCCAGCUCUGCGCUGGUAUUCCAUGUCUUCGUGCGCUAGCAUUGGCUGCAGUCACGAGCGUGCAGCGAGACCGGAGAAAGUGCUGUGGACGGUGGCGGGAACUGGCUUUCAAAAGAUGUAGAAGGACCUGCGUCUCUCACUUGUUUCUGUAUUAUUUUUUUCUUGGUUGUUUUGAGUUUUACCUUUGUGAACAUGAGGGACCUAUACAUUGACUUUAAACAUCAAAACCGGGUUUGUGUGAAAUUCAUUGUUGUCAAGGGACGAAUGGUGGUAAACUUUGGAGGAACGAAUGAAUUUGCUAGCUAAGCCUUUCGGAUUCGAUCAUUACUGUUAGAGUCUAUCAUAUAGUUAAAUUCCCUACUCUUCCUUGUCCCCACCAUUGAUUCUGUCAGCUGUACAGUCAUUUCUUGAGCUUUAUUGAGGAAUAACCCAAUACUCUGUCAUUUUUUAAAUCAUUCUGCUAGGUUGUUUCUCUGUUCUAAGUAUUUUUUGGUGUACUUCUUACAUUUCAUGUUGGGAAGGUGGGAACAAUAUUCUGAUUCCAUGAGAUGCACUUUUACCUUCUAGACUUCUGAAAAGUUUGUUUUCAGCCUUUUUUUCAUCAUCUUCAAAUAGAGCCGCGAUUUUGUUCUGCUGCAACAUCACUUGAUUUUUGUUGAGUUCAACUGCAGUAUUUUAGAUUCUGUGACAUUCUCAAGAAGUCCACUCUCUUACGGCUAUUGCAAAACAAAAUCUUCACAAUUUUCCAGACAGCUUGUUUAACAAAGCAGCAUCAUACAUGAGUAACUCAUUUUAAAUAUUUAGAAUUUCUCCUUGUCUAGGUUGAGAACUUGUACGCAUAGUAAGAUUAGGAUAAAAAUCUGACACACUCACUCAGUUCAUAUAUUCUUUCUGUUAGACAAUAUAAAGAAACCAGAGAGUGUAAAUGACAUAUAUCUAAUCACAGAGAGAGUAUCCGAUUGUUAGUUUGUAAUACAUUGAUCCUAUUUUGAUUAUUGGGCAAUCUAUGCUGUAAUGAUCAAGCUUUCUAAAAUAUAUAAUUUGAUGGCAUCCUGAAUUUUCAUUUUUUGAUAGCAUUUAGUGGUUUAAAAGUAAAAAUAAUGUAACUUUUUACAUACUUUAAAAAAAAAACCCUUAAAAUCUUGCUUAAGAGAUUUCAUUAUUGUUUCCCUACUAAUAACUAUAAUUAAUGCCUUAUGUUCUUUCCAGAGAACUUUUGUCUGACUCCUUAAACUCCAGUGUUCAUCUGAUGCUAUAAAUCACCUCUUUCCUUUGAGACACGGAUUAUAAGAGUUCACAUCAUAAGGCAUCAUGAUUUCACUGUAAUUGAAUUAAUUUAUCUUAAAAACUGAAAUGAGAGUUUUCUUUUAUUCAUGAACUUUUAAAUGAAGUAAUGAGUAACCCCAUUAGGAUGACCCCAUGAACUAGUACCAUCUAGUAAUGUAUUUUUUUUUCCUACAUCUUAGGGACAGUCAUUGAAACAUUAGUGUUGUAAUUGUUCAAACUUGCUUGUAGUAUUUUAAUUGAUUAGUUAGACUUUUGCCAAAUUUUGUAUUAUUUAUCUUGGCAUGCAUUUAAUUUCCGCCCUGAAUUCUUUAUGGAUAACAACAUGGCAAUUGUGAUUGUGUUAUUACCAGUUAGGCAGUAUUUGGAGACUCAGACUUCUGGAAGCUUAUCUUUAGUGAGUCCAGUGUGCUUUUUGUCUCUCCUGUGUUUCUCAUUUUGCUCUAUCAGUGGACUCUGUCUAUCUUAAACCCUUGAAGGAUCUUGGUUUUCUACCCAAGCUUUAACAUUCCUUGUGUAUACAUGGUCUUUACUGCACAAGACAGUGUGUUGCCGUACUCCGAGUGAGACAGAGCCAUUCAGUUUUGUUUUAUGUGCUAAUAGCAGAUGUGUUAUCAGAGCAGCAGUGUUUGGCUCGUGUAAUUCCUCUGCGACACAGCGACUCGGAGACUAGGUUGUGUGUAUCCUGCUCUGUAGAUAUCUGAUAAGACAGUCCCUGCAUCGGGCAGACUUGCAUUGGUUGCCUGCUGUGUACAGGACCAGUGGGAAGCUCCGUGGCUCUGAAGCUGCACCAGACAGAACAGUUCUGACUUGGCCCCUUUUCUGAUCACUCUCAGCUUUGUGCUUCUGAAAUUAGGGUUCAGAUCAUAGAUGGGGAGGCAGUCUGGUGUCCUUAGGGAAGAUAAUACAUAUAAGUCUUUUUCCUUCUUUGGUGUGCUUUAAAAUGAGAACUGAUGCCGUUUGUUUGAACGAUAUGACUGUUGCGGAUUUAUUUUAAUGAGCUGGUUUUUAUCAUUUUCAGAGCUACAUAUGUCUUGUAAGCAUGUAAACAUGUAAGUGUGUUAUGUAUUCACUGAAAACAUUUUACUCUCCGAAUUCCGUUUUUGUUGUUCUGAAGGAAAUGAAUAUUGGUGACAUGGAGCAGACAAAUGGCUGUUUAAUGCAGGCUGCCACCUUGCAGUGAUCCAAGGAGAAAGCCAAUGAUGGCAUCGUGACGUUAUCUUCCGGUCAGCACCAGUGUGGUCAUUUCAGAAUGACCAGAACACACAUUAGCUGCCGACCUGUCUUCAGAAAUACCAGGAUGUCUUGAAAAGGAAAGCAUGCCGCACUCUGGCUGUGUGGCCAGGGCUUUGUUUGAAAGUUCCUGAUUCUCAGUUUUAGUGAUGUGAUAUUUGAUGCUCAAAAAUUGGCUGAAGUGACUGAUGACUGAAGAAGUAAGCAAGUAAGCAUCUGGCAAGUCAGCCAUGAAUGGACACACAGGUGCAUCCGUGUGUGUGCAGCCCACAUUGGUGGUGUGGUUGUCACUCUCUCUGCCCAUGUUGCAGUGAUAGGCACUCUGGUUUUGGAUAGCUUGAGUUCAUUCGAAUUCCUUCAUAGGAAGUCAGUGCCUACAUAUCCUGCUGAAUCUGUGCUGAGAACUGUAAAACCCUGUUCAGCUCCCCUGGCUGCGUGUCUCCGUCCCCCUCCCUUAACUCUAGAUAAAGUAGAGGUUGCAGGCAGGCGUUCAGGCUGUGUCAGUGCACUGUGGCUCCUUCAGCAUUGUCUUUGAUAUUGAGUCUUCUUUUUUUUUGCAUGAUGGUAGAUUCCCACUCUUUUUAUAUCUUUUUUAUUAACCAUAAAUCACCUUAUGUUGUAUCCUGUAUGGAAGGCAUAAAAUAUUAUGGGUGUCUGCUGACCUUUUUCAAGAAAAGGCUGUGUUAAUUACAUUGUGCGUAUGAUGAAAAAUGUAUAACUGCUCUGAUUUCUUUUUUUGUGUCUCUUGUUCCUUCAGUUUUGAUUGUGUAAUACUUUUACAUGCCACUUAGUUUGUGAUGCACAUAAUAUUUCUGUGAAUCUAAGACUCUCAUAGUAGGAAGAAGUAAUAAUUACAUAUGAGGGUCAUGUUAGGGUGUUAAAAAUAUUUAAACCCCAAUUGUUGUACUCUCAUCUGCACUAGUUAUUUUUUGUAGCAAAAGCUGAGAACUCUGAUAAUUAUUUAAGUUGACCUAUUUAUAAUUUAAAGCUUUUCAUACUUAUUUAUUUAAUUUUUUUGUACAUUUGUUUUUAAUAUUAUUUCUUAAUGUCGACAUUGUGUAUUUUUUACAAAAUCAAAUCCUUAAGAUAAUAGGUGUGUUUUUAAAGCAUCCAUCUCAUGAACAAGAAUUCCUUGAAUUUUCAUUACAACUUUUGGCAGCCGGCAAUUCCUUAGCUUUAAUGAUGGUUCUAAGUUUCCGGGUGACUUGGUAAUAAAAACAGAGGAAAUACUAAAGUCAUGUCCCAAUUUUUUUUAUUUUGCUUUUUUCAUUUCUUGAGAAAAAUAAACAGAACUAAAACUUAGGUAUUGGUUUGUUACCAGCACUGUGUAAGUUUUGUACAUUUGCAAAUUUGGCACAGCAAAUAGGGAAUGAAUAUAAAGUUCCCCCCUAUGAAAGAAGUUGCAUCUGACUUUAUGUUCAAAUAUGAAAUGCACUUUUCCUUUGCAAAGUCUGAAGUGACUAAAUACCGCCCUUUGGAAACCUGGGUCUUUGCACGUUAUUCCUGGAGUCUACCUCAGUUUACAGGCCUAGUUUUAGGGCACAGUGAGUUGAUUUCAAGUCAGUUCAUCCCGUGUUCAGAUUGCUCCUUUGAGCAUUUCCUUCUCUCCUGCUCCCACCUGCCUCGCAUUAGCUGUUUUUGUUAAUUUUGAAAUUUUUAUUUAGGAUAUUUUGUGUUUCUUCAGCAAAACCAUAUACCCCAAUUAAGCCUUUGUGAAGUGUCUGAGGUCCUUCCCCUCCUGCUGUAGCCUGUUUGGUCGUUUGGCUGUGUUGCAGUUUCAAACACAAUGUGCACCUGCUGGUGAGUACGGACUAACGUGACAACAUGAACAGUUUGGGAGCCCCUGAGUCCUGCGCACACUCUCGAGAAGAACCAAGUGGAAGAACCAAGUGGCAUGUGCACUCCAGUGCGUGGCAGCGGGCCUCACCUUUGGCGAACGCCGUGGCAAACGGGCCAGCAGGAACACAACACGGUACAAUGGUCUGUGAGUGUGCUGUUAAGAUCUCUGUUUCAGUGUUUGUCUUCCAGUAUUGGAACCUAAUUUACAAACAAACAAAAACUCAGAAAAGAAAUAAAAGAUGUUUCUGAACUGUAAUCAUCGGACACUUUUUUUUUCCUUAUAUUUUGUGCGGUGCUUUGCUGGUCUCCCGAGCUUAGUUGUGUUUGUGUGUGGGCUGUAAUUUGGUAAUAAAUUU